AAGCAACCUCUCCUUAUUGCCCGCCAGCAGCGCGGGUGCUGUUGAAGUUGCCCCCAAAGGAUCCGGAGCGCUGCGUCCAGAGAGAGACCUUUGCUCCUGCGAGGCUGCGGGGGAGGAGGAGUCCCGCGGGCGAGGAGGAGGAAGCAGCCCGGCUCCGCUCCUAGGCUUCGAUCCGCGCCCGGGCGUGAACCGAGCCUGCCUUCCCUUCCCAAAGCGGGGCUGCUUUGACGGCGCCUUUUCCUCCAGGCCGGGCUUGCGCUCCGCCUCGGGGAGAGAGAGAAACCCCGACGGACCCAGCGCUCGAGUUCCAAAGCAGCUCCCUCUCCGCGUUGACAGGCAGCGAAAGCGCAGCCCUCCCCUCUUGUACGGACACACAUAACUACUGCGCGCCUAGCCCCAGAGAAGGCACGGCAGCGGCGAGCAGGCGAAGGAGCCAGCGGCGUCGGUGCAGAAACAAGGUGGACGCGCGGCUUCCCGCACAGGCAUCAUGUGGGUCUGUUGGUAAGAGGGGUGGGGGGGAACCGAUCCCCGCUCCUCCGCCCCGCUCCCUCUCCCGCGGCACGCGCAGCGGCACCCGCUCCGGCAAGGCAGAAGGAGACGGGCCCCCCCGGAGGCCGCGGGGAAUAAUCGGAGAAUUGAUUGUGGGGGGGAAAAGGAAAGCAGAAGAAGAAAAUAUUUCCUGGCAAGAUGGCCGACUUGGAGGCUGUGCUCGCCGAUGUGAGCUACUUAAUGGCUAUGGAGAAAAGUAAAUCGACUCCGGCGGCUCGAGCUAGCAAGAAGAUCAUCCUACCUGAACCGAGCAUCCGCAGUGUUAUGCAGAAAUACUUGGAGGAUCGGGGUGAAGUUACCUUUGACAAGAUAUUUUCUCAAAAGAUUGGAUUCCUCCUAUUCCGAGAUUUCUGCUUGAAUCAGGUGGAGGAGGCCAAACCACUGGUGGAAUUCUAUGAAGAGAUCAAAAAAUAUGAGAAGUUGGAUUCUGAUGAGGAUCGAGCGAUUAAGAGCCGCCAGAUCUUUGACAUGUACAUCAUGAAGGAACUGUUGUCCUGCUCUCAUGUGAGUGCUUCGGACACUUGCUGCCAUGUGAGAGAGUCUGAAAAGGCCCUUGGGAAUGGGCAGAAAGACCGCUUCAUAAUCACCUUGAACGAGAUCCUUGAAAAUCCCUUCUCAAAAACUGCCACAGAAUAUGUGCAAACCCGUCUGAGCAAAAAACAAGUGCUGCCUGACCUGUUCCAACCAUACAUUGAAGAGAUCUGCCAAUGUCUGCGUGGGUCAGUCUUCCAAAGGUUCAUUGAGAGUGACAAAUUCACACGCUUCUGCCAGUGGAAAAAUGUGGAGCUGAACAUCCAUCUGACCAUGAACGACUUCAGUGUCCAUAGGAUCAUCGGACGUGGCGGAUUUGGAGAGGUCUAUGGCUGCCGGAAAGCAGACACGGGAAAAAUGUACGCCAUGAAGUGUCUAGAUAAGAAGCGUAUUAAGAUGAAGCAGGGGGAGACAUUGGCUUUGAAUGAACGCAUCAUGCUGUCUCUUGUCAGCACUGGGGAUUGCCCCUUCAUCGUGUGCAUGUCAUAUGCCUUCCAAACACCCGACAAGCUCAGCUUCAUCCUGGACCUCAUGAAUGGGGGUGAUCUACAUUAUCACCUCUCCCAGCAUGGGGUCUUCUCGGAGACAGAGAUGCGUUUCUAUGCAGCAGAGAUCAUCCUGGGCCUGGAACAUAUGCACAAUCGCUUUGUGGUUUAUCGUGACCUCAAGCCAGCCAACAUCUUGCUAGAUGAAUUUGGCCAUGUCCGCAUCUCAGAUUUGGGACUCGCCUGUGACUUCUCCAAAAAGAAGCCUCAUGCCAGUGUUGGCACACAUGGGUACAUGGCACCAGAGGUUUUGCAAAAAGGCGUGGCCUAUGACAGCAGUGCUGAUUGGUUUUCUUUAGGCUGCAUGCUCUUCAAGCUUCUGAGGGGGCAUAGCCCUUUUCGACAGCACAAGACUAAAGACAAACAUGAGAUUGAUCGCAUGACACUCACUAUGGCUGUGGAGCUGCCAGACUCCUUUUCACCUGAGCUACGAUCUUUGCUGGAGGGACUUUUACAGAGAGAUGUCAACCGUCGGCUGGGCUGUAUGGGUCGUGGGUCACUUGAAAUAAAGGAGAAUUCAUUUUUCCAGGGUGUGGAUUGGCAGAUGGUUUUUCUCCAGAAGUAUCCUCCACCCUUGAUUCCACCACGCGGGGAGGUAAAUGCAGCAGAUGCUUUUGACAUUGGCUCAUUUGAUGAAGAAGACACCAAAGGAAUUAAGCUAUUGGAUAGUGACCAGGAGCUCUAUCGCAACUUUCCACUCACCAUCUCAGAGCGCUGGCAGCAGGAGGUGACAGAGACUGUAUUUGAUACAGUCAAUGCUGAGACUGACAAGCUGGAGGCCCGCAAAAGAGCAAAGAACAAGCAGUUGGGCCAUGAGGAAGAUUAUGCCUUGGGCAAAGACUGCAUCAUGCAUGGCUAUAUGUCAAAACUAGGGAACCCUUUCCUUACUCAGUGGCAGAGGCGAUACUUCUACCUCUUCCCAAAUCGUUUGGAAUGGCGUGGAGAGGGAGAAUCUCCGCAAUCCCUGCUCACUAUGGAAGAGAUCCAGUCAGUGGAGGAGACACAAGUAAAAGAUCGAAAAUGCAUCCUGCUUAAGAUCCGGGGAGGCAAGCAAUUUGUUUUGCAGUGUGAUAGCGAUCCAGAGCUGGUGCAAUGGAAGAAGGAGCUGCGUGAUGCUUAUCAAGAAGCUCAACAGCUGCUGCAGAGGGUACCCAAAAUGAAACAUAAGCCACGUUCUCCAGUGGUAGAGCUAAGCAAGGUCCCACUGAUUCAGCGCAGCAGCAGCAGUACCAAUGGCCUCUGACCUUCCUUGACUUCAUUUCCCAUCCUUAAUUUAUUCAGCUGGAUUUGCCCACCAUCCCCACCCUCUCUCCUGUCUCUUCUUGCUGAUCAUUGUGACGUCCACCCAACCCCCAGGGAUAUCAUGAGGGGGUGGGGGUAUUCAGAAAGCAUGGGACAGGUUCCCUCCUCCCCUAUCCCCUCUGCACAUGGGGAUCAAUACCCAUUCCAGGGGCAGGAGACUGAUAAGGUGGAUAAGAGUCUACUCAUUCCUUACUGAGCAAGGCUGAAAUUAAGGCCUUGCCCCUAA